GCCCUCGUGAAGUGGUAGUGGUAUUAGUAGGUGUGGUCUUUAUUAAAAUGGGUGUGGCCUUGUUGGAGGAAGUGUGUCCCUGUGUAGGUGGGCUUUGAGUGCUCCUAUGAUCAAGUUCUGCUCAGUGCAAAACAAUGUCCCCUCCUGGCUGCCUGCAGAAGAGAGUCUCCUUUUGGCUGCCUUCAAUGAUGUAGGACUCUCAGCCUCUUCCCUAGAACUAUGUCUACUUGCAUCCUUAGUGUUAAGAGCACGAACUGUGGUCAGUGGCACUAAGCAUGUGAGAAUACACAUCUAAUGGAGUCUAGCUAGGGUCUCAGGCUUUGUGUAGGGCAAGGUAUCUGGAAAGCCAUUGCUCUGGCCACUUACGUCCUUUCCUCUGGCUUUCUGUUUACUUGCAAUCUGUGGUUGGAGGUGCCAUGUCUAUACCCUGACAUGCACAUUACCUGUGCAAAAGUGCAUUUCCCAGAUGAUACCAUUUCCAAAAUCAUUACACAGAAAGUGGAAGAUGGCCCCACCUACCACACCAUAGAGAUGGCAUGGUUAGAGAGUAAAGAAUAGAAUGUUGGCCAGCCUAAAUUCUAGAGUAGUAUUAUGACUCCAAAUAAUUCAUUUGGUUACAAACCUCCAGUAAUGAUGGAGAAUAAAAACCAGAAUCUAGAGCGAUCGAGCUAUGAAGUUAGGAGUACUGGGCACAUGCAAAAAGAAACGAUAGACAGCCAAACAGUGGGACCCAACCUUGGUAGGAUAAGUUCUGGGAAGGGCAAAGCCAUGGUUCCAGGAGGGUGAGAAGAGGCAAGAUCCUGAGGGGAGGACUUCCACAACUCAGAAACCAACUAUGAACUCCCAAAGACCUGGAGUCCAAGUUGCACACCCAGCCGUAAGUACUUAUCUGAUGAUGGAAGAAAUUAAAAGGCUUCUAGUUGCCCCAAAGAGAACUAAGUUGCCUUACAGCUUCCAAGCUAGCUUGACAGGACCGAGUGAACGCCAGACUAGCUGGGAUGACCUAUCUCAUGUUUACUACCAGAUGGCUAAACAUCGGAUGCUUCAAAGCGCUGUUGGAAAGAGAAAAAAUCUUAACUCUAGCUUUGAUACGUUGGCCGUAGCCAACCAUCCGUUUCGGAGGGGCCAUAGUGAGUGCUCAUACUCAAGGGACAUGGUGGCUGAGGACCGUAGACGUUCCUUCCCAUUGGCCCCACAUGCAACUAGCAUAGCUAAGUACUGUCAGUCACAGAUGUUAAUGGAGUUCAACAAGGCAGAAGUGGAGGCAACUCGGAAACUGUGUAAAAAUAUGAAAGAGACUCAGGUAGCCCUGGAGCAGCUGGAGGACACUAGGCAGCCUCAGGAGCCAAAGGUACUGGUGCAGGCUGAAAAAUCCUUCCUAGGAUGCCUAAUGAGAAAACAUAACCAACAUAAGAAGAAUCAACAGAAGCUGAGGAGAGGCCACGUCCAAGAAUGUGGCGAGAUAGGAAGAAGAAUGCAAAUGGUAGGCCUUCAGUACCAACACAAUAAGAACCAGAUUGAUGCUGAGGAUUCACCGCAGACGCUGAUUGGUCAAAUGGUGUCAAGUGAACAGGAAGUUAUGCCGAGGGUGCUGAUGGGAGAGACAAAACCAAAAUCAGCCCUGGGGAAGAUCCAGUCCUGGGAGUUGUCAUCAGGAAAGGGGAGUGAGUCUAAGAUCAGCCCUGCCAUCAACAGAGAGAACCAGAAGUUAUGGAAGGAAUUAGAACACCUUGCUCAAGAUUAUUACAGAGUGGAAAACACAAGGAAACAGAUGCUGAAACAAAAAGAAGAGCUGAGGAACCAACGCUGGGACUCAGUGAUCCACGGGACAUCAAUAAGGCUGGCGUGGCGGGAUCAUAAGCAACGAUGCCCCAGUGACCCUGAAAUGCUCAAGAGCUCCGUAAGCAGUCCCCUGCACCCUACGAUGAGAAUAAAUCUGAAUUAACCCCCACAAUAUUAGAUGCAGCAAGAGUAACAGAGGAAAUCCACUUAGACCUGAGGGAGCAAAACACCGUACAGCUGCCUUGUGGGAACUGUGCAGCAACCGACACUGGGCUGGAAAACCUUGACUCUAGAAGUGGGAGCUCAUUUCAUUGAAGACAGACCUGAAAACGAUUCAGCUCUGUUUGUGUCCACCUCAAGGGAUUAGAGCAGUGGCUCUCUGAGGUUGCUUGCCUGUGAAAAAGUGAGGAAUUGCUCGGGCAGAGAAGACCUGAUGUUCAGCACGAGGUGAGGCAGACACAACUGUUUCAAGAAAACACCUGGGCAUGGCACUCAAGGUCUCAGGACACCUGAGAGUGUUUACGUGGCCUGCUGAGGUCACGCUCUGGUCCGGCUCAGAAGGAAUUGGAUACCCAGUGGACUCUGGAACCGUCUCAGAUAUAACCAGUCUCGCUUUUGUGCCGCUGGCCCUGAACUGUGCAAAGGGUGUCUGAGUCACCAGGAAGAAGCCAGGGCUUUGGUGGGCUUCCCUAGGCUGGAGGGACAGCCGGAAGCAGGAGACCUUGGGUCCUGUGGGUGUUGAAAUGCUCAUCAGUGAGGGGUAAUGAUGCUACAGGGCAAAUGACACAGCUGGUGGCACAAACAUAAAGGACACAUGCUGGCUCACUCCCUGAUUCAGCAGUGACUCAGUAUCUGUGAGCAGGAUGCACAGCCCUGGACUGUAAUUUGGAAAAGGGCAGUGAGAUAAAUUUCCAGAAAGUCUCUGUGUUCUCCUCUGCCAUCAACAACAAAAAGAGCAAUCACCAGCAAUAACAAUUACACAGAGGCCAAACUUUCAUAUUAAUUAAAAGCUGUGUAAUGUACAUCUUGGCCAAUUUUUCAAUCACCGGGAGCUAGAAUUGGCCCCAGUGAGAGACGGCUUCAAGCCAAAGACAGUGAGGAACCUGACUUGAAGAUCAAAGUUCCCACUCUGGUUCCGCCAUGCUAUGGGAGGUCACGUUACCUUUUUAAUACACCUUGAGAAAGCUAGUUCUACCCCCAAAGCAGGACGACAUGCUGGUUAUCAUGCGACAGGCCACAUCCAGUGUUUAAUAAAGGACAAUAGCAACAGGAGUAAGAGUAACAAAAUGUUCAUGCUGUAUAUUUCUUUCUACUAUGAUUGUUGAAAUCAAGGGGUUAGAUGUAAGCCUCCUUCCUGUUCUGGAAAGUAACUGCUUCUGUGAGGAAUGCCCAGGAAGGAAGAAGAGACGCUUCAGGGAUGUUACAACAAAUCCGUGGCAUUUUGAUGCUAACACCCUUGAGACAAUGAGAGACAAAGGCAGAACAAAUGCUUGGAGGACCACUGCCUGUUCCAGCAAAGGAGAGGAAUCUGUGGAGAAAGUCUGAGAGGGCUCCUACAGAAGGAAGUGAGGAUGGCAGCCAGGGUCAUCCACUAUUUAUUUCUGUGUCACAACUGAACUGCCUUUGACCUCAAUGUCUUCUCCAAGUGGUAUCCUUCGGGUUUCCAUCACAGUCUUAAAGGUCCUUGAUAAGUGCGGCUCCUUUAUCGUAAGACCUCCACAUACCCAUCUAAAUGGCAGCUCUGGAGUCCAGAGUCUUAUCUAGGUAGGAGAAAAAUGUUAUAACUCUUUUAUCCCUUCCUUUUCUCAUCCCUUCCUUUAGUCUCUCCUUCCUUUCUUAUUAUUUCUAAAUGAUCAUCUCAGACAAUCCAGGAGGGAAGUGUAAACGCUUUGCAAAAAAAAAAAAAAAAAAAAAAAGAGGAGGGGGGAGAAGGCUGGGGAGAUGAAUCAGUUGGUGACUUGCUUUACCAGCACGAGAACUUGAAUCUACUCCCCAGCACCUAUGUUAAAACCCAGGUAUAGAAGCCCUAAGUGAUUGUUUAUGUUUGGUCCAGGGAAUGGCACUGUUAAGAGGUGUGGCCUUGCUGGAGUAGGUGUGUCACCGUGGGCGUGGGCCUAAGACCCUCACUCUAACUGCCUGGAAACCAGUCUUCUAGGUUCCUCCUGCACCAUGCCUGCCUGAGCACUGCCGUGCUCCCACCUUGCUGAUAAUGGACUGAACCUCUGAACCUGCAAGCCAGCCCUUUGUAAGAGUUGUCCUUUAUAAGAGUUGCCUUGGUUACGGUGUCUGUUCCCAGUAGUAAAACUCUAACUAAGACACCAUAUCUUUGCAAUGUUAGCCCUGGAGAUUCAGAGACUGGAAAACCUUUGCGACUUGCGUCAACAAGUAUAGUUGAUUUGUUGAGUUCUAGGUUCAGUGAGAGAAUACAUCAAAAAACAAAUUAGAGAGUGCGUGGUGACUAGUUCUGUCAAAUUCACACAAUCUAGGGAGACUCAAUGGGGAAUUAUCUGGAUUAGGUUGGCAUGUCUUUAGAAAUUAUUUGACUAUCUUAAUUGAAGUAGGAAGACCUCCUCACUGUGGGCAUUAUCAUCCUCUAGGCAGAGGAUCCUGAACUGUAUGGGAGUGAAAAGCAAACUACCCCUGACUGUGAGUGUGGCUAGCUGCUUCACGUUCUUGGUGUCUUGGCUUGCCUGCUAUAAUGGAUCUGAAUCUGGAAUUGUGAGCUAAAAUAAACUCUUUUUCUCCUGAGUUGUUUUUGCCAGGGUAUCCCAGCAACGGAAACAAAAUGACAGGGAUCAUGGUGACUAUAGAAGGCACCUAAGGUAAUUGCCCUCCAUUGCACAUGCAUUCACCUGCAUGCUCACACACAAUUUAAAAAAAAAUAGCAAAAGAGGAGGGUAGCUCUUGCCGCACCAGUUUUCUAAUAUCCAACACCCACUUGGAAGCCUAAAAGUGUGACUCCAAUUCCAGCGGAUCUGACUCCCUCUUCUGACUUCCACAGGUAUUAGGUAUGAAUGCACAUGAUAUACGUACACACGUGCAGGCUAAACAUUCAUACAUAUGAAAUAAAAAUAAAUGAACCUUGAAAAGCAAACCACCUGGCAUGCACUUGGUGGGGACAGAAUGACAAAGUUUCUGCCUCUGGGACACAGCCAGCAGGUAUGGACCUCCAUGAGUGUCCAUGCCUACUGUGGGUGUAAGGCUUGUUUGUAUAAUAAUGUACAUAUUUUAUGUUCCUCCUUCAAGGACAUUCUCCCUGUUAACAUUAAUGACUCCAUGGUGAUCAGAGACAGCACAAGUCCAGGAGGCGAAGGUGUGGCUAAAGUCUCAGCAAAAUGGCAAAUCUAACCUUUAGCACAGCCCUUAAGGCUGUGGAAAAGAACUGUAAAAACAUGGGUUCAAAAAUACAUACUUUCUCAACUAUGCAAAAUAUAAGAAUGGGAUAGGAAUUACGAGGAGCUUCAUGAGUCUAUAGGAAUAAAAGCAGCUGCUCUGUGAGCCUACUUGUCAGAAAGAUACCAAGGAAGAGAUUUAGGGAGUGAUUGCAGGAGAUCCCACCUAGCUAAAUUUUUGUGUUUAUGCUUACAAAGGCAGACAGAUUCCUGAGUUCUGGGUUGGUUUGGGACAGAGCAAGGCUAGGUCUGGGUGUGGUAGAAAUGGUGAUCUUGGGAUGAGGUUCCAUCCAGCUAGCUUAGUGUCUGUGCUUAACAGUGGCAGGCGGAUCUCUGAAUUCUUUUGCAAUGUUAUGUGCUUGCUGUCUCCUAAGAAUUAAAGGCUUGGGGUCAGUGGAUGCUGAUUCAUGGGAUAAUCAAAAGGAAACUUGGAGUAAAUGACUAGAUUGAUAUGUAAAAUAAGAGAUUGCCAGAGAUGCUCAACUCUUGCUAUCCAGAGAAAUUUUUUAGAAUAGCAAGAAAGAACUGCUUGGAGAACAGCCUCGAACAAAACAGGAGAGCUGUCUGGAGAUCUCCAGAGAGAACAGAACUUAGACAAAGCAAUCCAGAAAGCUGUCUCCAGCAGAGCAUAGGCCAACAGCAUGGACCCACGAUUUGACUUCAAGUCGUUUGUUUUCACUGUUCCCAGACACCCCUUCUUCAGAAUCCCUCUCCAAAAAGAGGCUGGUCCUUGGCAGUUAACAAUUUGGCUUCAUGGAUAAGUUUGGGGUAGAUUAGUAUACAGAGGACAGAAAGGCAUAAGAUGGAGAUAGAUAGAUAGAUAGAUAGAUAGAUAGAUAGAUAGAUAGAUAGAUACAUACAUACAUACAUACAUACAUAUAUACAUACAUAGCUAGAUGGAUGGAUGGAUGGAUGGAUAAUGAUAGAUAGAUUGAUAGACAGGUGAUGGAUUGACAUAUGGCAAUAUUUAGAAACUUAGUAGUAUUUGUGUUGUGUGUAUACAUGUGUCCACUUGCCUGUAGGCAUGUAUUUUUUCAAUUCUGCAACUGAAUUGUAUUUUAUUAAGCCAUUGUGAAGAAGAAUAUUAUCCAGAGACUAAAAUAAAACCAAUGAUUCCGACUAGUACUCACCAGACUACAACCAGCAAGUCAGACCAAGGCUAUUGCUCUUGUAGUAAAUAGAGGUGGAUUUACCUGUUGUUGAGGCUGACUCACACGGCAGAAUAGCUGAGUAGCCAUGGAGACCAUAAAGCCUAGAUCUGACUGAAAAGUAGUGGUAACCUCAAAUUGAGUUGCUAUUUUUAGAACCAUCCAGCACAGCUGAGCAGUUGCUGGCCAAUAAUUUACCAAAUCUCUAAGUGGCCAAAGGAUUUUAGAAUACAGUUUUUCCAGCUCUGAUUGGGAAACUCAUUGAUCAAUUAAGCUGCUGUAGCUUGACUCUCACCCAACCCUUCAUGAAUAAGAAGUGGUGGAGAAAGAGGGAGAGAGACGACCGGUGAGGAUUGUGCAGAGGCUCCCUGGACCAAGCUUUCUUCUCAAACUGCCUGGUAGAAAUUUUUUGGGUAAUAGGAUUGUUAUCACUUUAAAUAAUUCAAACAGAUUUUGUAGCUGCUGGCUCCAAGCCAAGUAUGAGCAUUUAUAAUUAACAGCAGUGUACUUAAAAGACAGUUAGAAAUAUGCUAAUGCUCUCAGCAUGUUAAAGCAAAGUGGCAGACCCAAUGUGACACCCUCUCUUCUUGACACAUAACAUUGUCCAAACAGAGAAACAACCCGUGAGCAUUUGAAAACAAUACUAUCGAUCAGGUGGAAGGCUGGUUUUGUUUUGUUUUGUUUUGUACACCGCAGUGCAUUCUUUUCCUUGAGUUACAACCUAGGUUAACAAAAUGACUUGGCUCCAUUUUAAUACGACGCACAUUGCCUGCUUGCAUUUUCAAAGUGUGUUUUCACAGACAUACACUAAUUUAACAAUAGUUUUGGGUGUCUUGUUAUUUUGGAUUACUCCCAUUUGGCUUAUUUAUUGGAAGAUCAUGUGUACGGACUGUAGCUGCAUGUCCGCACCCCACAUCCACCAUGCAGAGCACUGUGGACUUUGGGGUGCAUUCAGUAUACACAUAUGCCUGAAGCUGCUGCGUGUUUCAUCCUGUUCAGGUUACCCAUGCUUGAAAUGUAAGAACCGCCUGCUUUAACUGACCUUGCAGUUAAUAGUGGAAGCUACCUUGCCGCAGUGUGGAGUAAGAUUUGCUUAUAAAUAACUGUCUCUUGGGUAGAGGGGAGGAACGAAGCUGAAGGACCUUAGUUCUACUGAAGUAUAGAGCUAUUAAGAGGCUUGGCCUGGGAGAAAAAAGGUAGGUUAUGGAGUUCCUGUGAAGGACUCUGAGGGCUUUCACCAGCUUUAUACUCACCACCUCAGGUCAAGAUUAGGCCAAAUACCAGCUUCCCACCUCGGGUGAAGGCUAGACCAACUUCCAUUCUCCACCCACCCACAGUUCUCAGGAGGAGCAGGUACAUUCUUGAAAAUCUGCAGAAUGUACUGGCUGAUAGUCACCUGACCCUCUGGUCCCAGAUUGAGCUCGAAAGCAUGCCAUAUGCUUGCUAGCCAAUAGAUUCAAAGGUCAAUAUGCUUAGCCAAUAAGUUUAAACUGUAAUCUUGCUGAUGUAACCUGUAUCCCUAAAAAGUAUAAAAACUGCUUGUUAUAGCCAUCCAGGGUCUCCUUCUAGUCACUUGCCACGAGGGGCUGACUGAAAGUUGACCCUGACAUGCUGGAAAAUAAAACUACUGCAUUUGCAUCGAACUCCAUUCUCAUGUCUCACUUGGGGGGGUCUCCCCGUAGUUAAGACUCACUUUGAGCCUUACACAGUCACCUCCCAAGGUCCAUGGAAGACUGGUACCAAGACCCUAUGCAUAUUAAAAGCCAUACAUGUUUAAAUCCCUUAAGAAAGACAAAGCCUACACAUACCCUUUUAUAUACUUCAUCUCCAGGUUGCUUAUAAUAUAGAGCAAAGGCACAGCCAGUAGUUAUGAAGUAUUGAUCAACAAACCAUAACAAGAAAAUUGAUUGUGUUUGUCAGAGACUCAGCCUACCCCUCCUCCAUUGUUGGCUGAAUCUACAGAUACAGAUGCUGUGAGCAUGGGCGGGGUGUGGAACAGCUACAUUUACAAUUCUAAUCUUAGCAUCAGGGAGACCAUGAUGAGUCAUAUUCUACUCAACAGGGUGUCAUGUGCUAAAAUUUCUGGGCCCUCCUCUUUGGGUUGCCACAAAACUCAUACUUCACUUUCCAGUCUGGGUUUGCUAAGUGGGGUUGCCAAACAUGCAUGGCCUUUUGCUGAGAGCUGUUUAUGAAAACAUUUUUUCAUCCUGCAUCAGUGUUACCCCCACUUAGCAUGUUCAGAUAAAUGUUUCUUAAGUAUCUCAAAGUAAGGACCUAAUAUCUGCUUCAGUGUAGCUAUGAUAUCUCUAAGAAAUGAGCUAAUGUCAAGCAUUAAAUAUGCCCAUCACUUUACACCCUUGUAGGAUGGGUUUUGUCCCACGUCUUUGGUAGAAUCCUCAUGACAAGACUUGGAGAUUGGUUCUGGAUUCUCUUCAUUUUACCAGCUCAGAGAGGUCAGGCCAUCAUACCAUGACAGUCUCCCUACCCAUCCCUAGUACUUUCUGAGAUCAUAUUUUCAUCAGGUAAUGAUGUGUUGGUUGUCCGAAUGAUGAAGGCAAGGCUGGACUAGAAGUCAGAACCUUGGGCCUCAGCUUUUACACUAACCUGCCUGUUGACUGUGACAGGUAUCAAACUCCUCUGGGAUCUGGCUGCCUUACAGGUGAAGCUAAAUCAGCUUUAAGAUUCUCCCACAAUAAAUGAUGCUGUUGAGCAAAUGUAGCCAGUUCACAGUUGUCCUAGCUAAAGGGUGGGGAUGUGCACAGCUUUGCUUAGAGUAUAAAGCUCUACAACAACCCCAGAGGGCACUGUAGUACUCCCAUCUUCAGAUAGUUCAAUCGUAAAUCUCUCUAUUUGCACAGGGAGCUAAAAACUAAUGGUAUACACAGACCCUUACAGAGAAAUCAAAUUUUUGAGACCAGCAUGUCAAAGAGUGGUUAUCCCACCUUGCCUUAGUUAGAUGCUGGUCUCAGAUGCUGGUCUCAGAUGUCCUUGAAUGCAUAGAAAUUUGCCUGCCUCUGUCUCCUGAAUGCUGUGAUUUAAGGUAUAUGCCACCACACUCAGCAAGAUUCUGCAAUUUUGAUACAUUCAUUGCCUUUGCGACAUUGAUUUGUGAUUUGUACUCUGAGUAUUUGUCAUCAUUCCAUGACCAAAUUUUUAGGAUUGUUUCCCUCAGAUCUUGACAGAGCCUAUGGUAUAUAGUAGGAGAAAGAAAAACAAUUUCUGACAUUUUAAAGAAGCUUCUAUGCUAUUUGAAUUUUCCUAUGAACAAUCUUUCUUCCCCCUGAAACACAUCCAAGUUUGGGCUGAUGAAGUGACUCAGGAUGGGCUGCUCACAGAUGAACCAUAGGAUUGGAAGGUUGGGUCUUUGAGUCACAUGGUGUCUUAGUUAGGGUCUUAUUGCUGUGAAAGAACACCUAGGCAAUUCUUAUAAAGGACAACAUUUAAUUGGGACUGGCUUACAGUUCCAGAGAUUCAGUCCAUUAACAUCAUGGCGGGAAGCAAGUCAGUGUGUAGGCAGACAUGGUGCUGGAGGAGCCAAGAGUUCUAAAUCUCAAUCUAAAAGUGGCCACAUGGACACUGUCUUCUGUAGGCAGCUAGGAGAAGGGUGUGGAUCACACUGACCAAACUUGAGCAUAUAUAUAAGACCUCAAAGUCCUGCCUCCACAGUGACACACUUCCUCUAACAAGGCUACACCUCCUCAUAAGGCCACACCUCCUAAUAGUACCACUUUCCAUGGGCCAGACAUAUUCAAAUGAUCACACAUGGUUAGCAGCCUGAUAAUCUCUAGGGAUGAAGGGAAGCUAGAAGGUGAGUUUAACCACAUGGCCUCAAGCUAAUCAUACUAUAUAAUGAAACCCAACAUAAACUCUGGACUUCAAAGCUUGUUGAUCUUCCUAGAUGAUAAGCACUAAAGUGUACAGGGAAGAUAAUAUAUCCUGAUUUGUGGAGGAGGCAUGAGUCCUUGCAUGUGGAACACUUUCAUAUAACUUAAAUUGUCCUCUUCAUUUUUCUUGGCAUUUGGCUAGCUCUGAUUUCACAGCCUUUAGAAUAAAACUAUAGCAGUUUCCUGAGUUUUGUGAGUAUAUAGCAUAUUAUUAAGAUCUACAGGUAUUAUUAAGUCUUCAGGGAACUACUGAAUUUAUAGCCAGUGAGUCAGAAAUUGGAACCACUUAGUGAGAGAAGUCUUGUUGGAAGUCACUGACCUUGGGAAGCCUGUGUGGACUCUGGGCAUUUAGCUUCAGAGUCAUAAUGCAACACUUCAGCCUGUCUGCCACAUCAGGGUUCUGAAUGGGGACAUGUCAGGCACUCCCACUGUUUCUUCUAGAACAUUCUUCUUCAGAGACCUUCAUGACUAGAUCCAUUACCCUCUCAAGGGAACUCAAAUAACUGUCUAAAGUACCCCCAUCCUUCCUAUAUUCCUUUUCUCUGUCCCUACUUUUUCCUUCUCUGGGGCACUUGAUUUGUGAUUCAACAUGUUAUUUGCUUAGGAUUUUUCCCAGUAAGCGAAUCUCUGAUUAGAUGUUUGCUUUCUGUGGGUAAGACUCUUCCUGUAGGCACUGUAAUCUGCCCAGUCUUCAUCACACUGGCCUGAUGCCCACAUGCAUUCACUUAAUGUUAGGUAAAUCAGGAUGUUACAUAGUUAUAUGCACAGAGAUAUCCAUGAUCCUUAGUCUCAUAUUUGGGAGCCUCAAUGCAUGCGAUUAACAUUUUAUAUGUCACUUGAAAAAAUAUGAAAGUGCUUAUUUUUCCAUACUUUUCUUUUUCAAAAUUUAUUUAUUCUUUUAUUUUUUCUUCUUAAUAAACAAAUCUCCCUUUGAUUGCAUUCUCAGAAUAAUUCUAUUGACAGGUGGUCAAGUGUUAAACAAAUAAACAUACAUUUGACUCAGCUGGAAGUUUUCUCCACAGAAGAUCGAUUCAGAAGCUGUCAGUGAGAUCGUCUAGCUAUCCUUUCAAGGCCAUCUUCACAGAAUCUGGUGAAGAAUAUUUUUAUAUUGUGUAUGUGUGUGCCUACAUGUGUGUGUGUGCCCCAUUUGAGUGUAAUGCCCACAGAGGACGUCAGAUCCCCUGGGACUAAAGUUACAGGUAGUUAUGAACCACUGGUGGUUGCUAGGAACUGAACCCAUACCCUCUGCAGGAGCAGCCAGUGGUCUUAGCUGAGUCGUCUCUUCAUCCCCCACAUGCAGUUCCUCACGAGGACUUAGGCGAACUCAGAAGACUGUUCUUUGUAUCUUUUUAUGUCUCCAAGAAAAGACAGGCUUGCAAUUUCACCAUUACUCUGCUCUGCCUGCGAAAACACGUGCUUGUCACCCACACAUGUUUUAUCUAAAAGAUAAGCCACUUGUUUCAAGAUUUGUUGAGAGAGAAAAUCUGGCCCGAGGCAGUGAAUAGUCACAGAAAAUUGGUAUUUAUUAUGUGUGAUUCGGACACUUAAAACAAUGAAAGCAUACCACGCUUACACAGGCCAAACCAUUACCUAGUUUUGAAAGUAAAUUUUAAAAACCAUUUCUACAAUCAAGGUGCUGUUCACGUUGAUUUUUACUUUCCUGUAAGUUUAGAUAUUUCACUUCAAAAACAUCAUUUUUAAGUCCCCAAGUUGCUCAAUUGAUAGUGGGCUCUUAAAGUGUGCUUGAACCGAACUGACAUUUCAAAGAAACCAAGAAUAAGAAUAUAUAUAUAUACAUAUAUACAUAUAUAUAUAUGUAUAUAUGUAUACACACACACACACACACACACACACACACACACACACACACACACCCUUAGACGGAUACUGUGAAGAACGUCUUGAGAGACCUCAACCCUGUAUUCAGGAGUGUAGGGGGUCAGGUCAAGGUACAAUAAGGCUUUGGUUUUUCUUCCUCUACAGAUACUCAAAAAAGCAAUUGCAUACAAUGUACAGUUGGCAAAGAUUCUUUCCCACCCUGUGAGCUUCUUCUUUACCUGCCUGAUUGCUCCUCUGCCGCACGGGAACUGUUUAAUUGUCUGAGCUCCCGCUUGUCAAUUAUUGAGAUGAAUUCCUGAGCAAAUGGGGUCUUAUUCUCAUUCUCUGUGUUGUGCGGGGCACUACCUAUUUUUCCUUUCUCUGCUUCGGUUUCAGACUUCACACUGGGAGGUCUUGGUCUAUAGCAAUUGGUUUCUUUUUAAUAAGGUUUAUUUAGUUUUAUUUUUUUCACGUAUGAGCGUUUGCCUGCAUGCAUGUAUGUGCACCAGCCUGUGGAAGCCCAAAGAGGACAUUGGAUGCCCCGAAGCUGGAGAUUGACAUGGCUGUGAACUACCAUGUGGGGUCUGGGAGCUGAAGCAACUGUUGCUCUUGGGCUCCGAGCCAUCUCUCCAACUGCAAACUGGAGUUGAUUUUUAAAUUCCCAGGCGUAAUCUGAAUGCCCAAGAACCUUGAAUGAACAGAAAGAAGACAAAAUGCCCUCUGGUAAAAUACAGUGGAAACAUUGGAUGGAAGUUCAAAUCUGCAAUGAAGCAAGUGGACUUGGUAUAGAUCACAUCAGACAACCCCAGAGAACACAGCUCCCCUCAUAGACCUCAAUUAUUUGCCUACAGAUAAGAGGAGAUAUAAUCUGUCUUCCCUGCAUCACUGUAAGUUUGGUGCCCCAGAAAUGUGUAUAAAGCUCCCACAGUGGGCUGCACGCUGUGUGGAAUAUCCUUUCCAGAAGGUAAACAGUCUGGAGUAUCAUUUCUGACUGUGGAAAGAUGGCCUUCAGAGAAGGAACUAUGGGAACUUUGCCCAAAGCUGGAAAAUCCCAGCUUCAUGGAGGCAGGCAUGGUGGUAGCUGUCUCUACUCCAGUACUCAGGAGGCAGAGGCAGGGUGGAUCUCUGUGAGCUUGAGGCCAGCCUGAUCUAUAUAGUAACACCUUAUCUCAAAAAAUAAAACAAGCUCACCCUUGGGGAAGUGUUGAACUACAAUCCUCAGACAUCUGAAGGAAUGACAAAGAAACAAGCUUCUAUAUCCAUCAGUCUAAAUAGCGCAUCUCGGGCCCUCAUUCCAUUCAUUGUACUCUAUAGGCGAGGUGGGAUAUGGAGAUUAAAGAUGCCUCUGUCUAACAUGCAGGUGCUUAUAAUUAAGUGAAAUAAAAUGCAAACUAUGAU